CAAACAUAGCAACCAAGAUUUUCUUGGUGCUUUCUUAAACACUUUGAAAGGGAAUUACGCUGAAUUUGACAAAAGAUGGCUGACAAACAGUCCACUGAGGAAACAACCAAAUCCGUCCAGACUUUAACAGUGCCCAACCCAGCGGAUAGGAAGUCGGAAAAGUCGGCGUCAGGAAGUCUGCACUCCGGCUCAGCCGAUGGUUUGGAAAAUCAAGAAAAGUCGGAAAAGCCCGGCGACCAGCCCACCGCCUAUAGCAUGCGACCGGCCUUUGGGGAGAUGUUUCCCCUGCCCACCAUCAAGAGCAUAAUGAACAACGUUAUGGCCGAGAAACUCAAAGACAAAACCUAUGACAAGGACGUCGCCAAGAAGUGGACCAGUGAGAUCGCCGACGAGGUGAACCAGCAGAUAGCCAGCAGCUCCCUGGUGAAGCGGUACAAGCACGUGGUCCAGGUGAUGCUAGGCCAGGAGCUGGGUGCGGGGGCCACUUACAACUCGCGCUGCUGCUGGGAUUGCGACUGCGACACUUCCGUCUCCGAGGUCUUCAGCAACACCAGUCUCUUUUGCGUCUGUACAGUGUUUGGAACGUAUCAGUACUAAAACCGAUUUCCCACAGAACUAGUUAGACUAAGGAUUAUACUUUAAUGGGUAGGCACCGGGAACAAAGGGUUCAUCACUUUCGAUAGUCGACCUUCGUCGUGCUUCAUUGGAUGCGUACGUUCAGCGGAUUCAGUAUGCGGCCCGACAUCACAGCCACGUCCAAGUCGCGAUCGACGAUGAAAAACAGAAACGGAUGAUUCACAGAGAUCUGAAUGGGCUUCGAUUGGGCGCCGUAGUUGCCUAGAGAGUAAAAGGAAGUGUUUAUUGCACUUUGUCUCGUGUUGCAGAGGCUGCAACUGUUGCAACACCAUUAGGUUGGGCAUUCGCAAUGCGUUGCGGCUCAAUGCCUCCACUCCAUUCCAUUCAGGUGUGCUGCAAUGCGAGACACUUACGCUUCAGCUGAUUGAUGGGAUGCGUACGGAUGGUGACGUCUAUGGAUUGCUCAAUGUGUCGCACGUAGACGCCCUUCUCCUCAGUCAUGGGCCUGAAAUCGGCGCGAUUUGGUUCGAAUACGUCGCAGCUGCAACGAAAGUAAAAUGAAGCCAGGAACUGGAGCUAUUACACCCAUGCUUACAUUCCCAUCUGCAACAGAGAGCACAAAAACCAAAGACACCUCAAUAAAAACACAAAAAUGCACUCUACAAAUG